AUGGGCGCGCCAGAUUAUCCCAUCAUCACUACCCCACCAAUUCUCAAGAAUCAACAACGUAUUUCUCUGGUCGUUCCUCACUACAAUGUCGGUCACAACGUUUCUUUGUUUUUCAAGGAGGCGGAGUUCCACGACACUGUUGAGAAGUAUCUUCAGUUUAAGGAGUUUACUAUUGAUGAGGACGUCCGCCGGUAUAUUUCGAGCAAACAAAUGGACAUCCCGGUGUCUCUGGAGGGAUACCCCGAUUUGUGGAGCAGCAUUACCGCGUCAAUCUUUAUCGUACUGGUCUAA